GAGCCCCGAGGCUCGCCCGGCUGCCUUCCCACCCUGGUAGUGCCAGAGAUUGGGGACAGGAGCCGAGGUGCGGGCAGGGACAGGGAGUGACACCCUCUGUCCAGGACAACCCCCAGCUCGGCGGUGGGGGGAGAUGAGCAGCCCCCCAGCCUUCUCCAGCGUCCGCAUCUCAGGCUGCUGGGCCCUCGGGCCGGAUGGCGGUAACAGCAGUGCUGAAUCCCUGGACCGGCUGUAUCCCACGGUGGGCUCCACCAAGCCCCCCCGGAAGCGGACCACCAGCCAGUGCAAGUCUGAGCCCCCACUGCUGCGGACCAGCAAGAGGACCAUCUACACAGCGGGCCGGCCGCCGUGGUACAACGAGCACGGGACACAGUCCAAGGAGGCCUUCGUCAUAGGCCUGGGAGGAGGCAGCGCCUCUGGGAAGACCACAGUGGCCACCAUGAUCAUUGAGGCUCUUGAUGUCCCAUGGGUGGUUCUGCUGUCCAUGGACUCCUUCUACAAGGUGCUGACCAAGCAGCAGCAGGAGCAGGCAGCCAGCAAUGACUUCAACUUUGACCACCCCGACGCCUUUGACUUUGACCUCAUCAUCGCCACCCUCAAGAAGCUGAAGCAAGGCAAGAGUGUCAAGAUCCCCAUCUAUGACUUUACCACCCACAGCCGCAAGAAGGAAUGGAAAACCCUGUAUGGCGCCAAUGUGAUUAUCUUUGAAGGCAUCAUGGCAUUCGCAGACAAGGAGCUCCUGAAGCUGCUGGAUCUGAAGAUCUUCGUGGACACAGACUCGGACAUCCGCCUGGUGCGCCGCCUGCGCAGGGACAUCAGCGAGCGCGGCCGGGACAUCGAGGGUGUCAUCAAACAGUACAACAAGUUUGUCAAGCCCGCCUUCGACCAGUACAUCCAGCCCACCAUGCGCCUCGCAGACAUCGUCGUCCCCCGAGGGAGUGGAAACACUGUGGCCAUCGACCUGAUUGUUCAGCACGUCCACAGCCAGCUGGAAGAGAGGAAGCUGCGCUGGGAUAUGGCCGCCCUGGCCUCUGCCCACCAGUGCCACCCCCUUCCUCAGACCCUCAGUGUGCUGAAGAGCACCCCUCAGGUGAGGGGCAUGCACACCAUCAUCAGAAACAAGGAGACCAGCAGAGACGAGUUCAUUUUCUACUCCAAGAGGCUGAUGCGGUUGCUGAUUGAGCACGCGCUCUCCCUGCUCCCAUUCCAGAGUUGCACAGUCCAGACCCCUCAAGGACAUGACUAUGAAGGGAGGACGUACAGCGGGAAGCAGAUCACCGGGGUGUCCAUCCUGCGCGCAGGAGAGACCAUGGAGCCGGCGCUGCGCGCGGUGUGCAAGGACGUCCGCAUCGGCACCAUCCUCAUCCAGACCAACUGCAACACGGGCGAGCCAGAGCUCCACUACCUGCGUCUGCCGAAGGAUAUCAGCGAAGACCACGUCAUCCUGAUGGACUGCACGGUCUCCACGGGCGCCGCAGCCAUGAUGGCAGUGCGGGUGCUGCUGGAUCAUGAUGUCCCAGAGGACAAGAUCUUCCUCCUCUCCCUGCUUAUGGCAGAGAUGGGUGUCCACUCGGUUGCCUAUGCGUUCCCCCGGGUGAAGAUCAUCACCACAGCUGUGGACAAGAAGGUGAAUGACCUUUUCCGGAUAAUCCCUGGCAUUGGGAAUUUUGGCGAUCGGUACUUUGGGACAGAUGCUCCUCCCGACUGGAGCGACGAUGAGGAUGCCCUUAGCACUUAGCUGGAUGUGGAGGUGCCACUGGCACCAGGCAGCUUCAGCACCGCACCUUAACCCCUCUGUCCAGUGCAGAAUUCUCCUUCCUCUCACCAAGCAUAGAUAUUUUUUUCAAAUCUUACAUCGGAGAUCUAGGGCAUAUUUUUUCAAAGAAACAUAAAUCCUAGUUUGACUUUAUGGACAGUCGUGUGUCCCAGCAUAGAGCAGAGUUAAUUUAUUUUAAUUUAAAUAUUUGCCUAUAUAACUUAUUGGAGAUAUUUUAUAAAGGACAAUAAUAAAUUUUUUCUCUGGUUUUCUUGAA